GGAAGUUGAAUAGUAACUAGAAGGGUGUCCUCGCUGGUUUUCACACAGUCGCUGCGGAGGAUUUCUGACGUGCUGUGUGUCCGCGAGUGUCUCCUGUGUGUCUGCGUGUUUGUGUUUACGCUGUGAAGAUACAGUCGGGAUGGAUAAAUCCACGCUAAUGUCGUUGCUGGUCACAGUGAGUGUGUGUGUGGCUCAGGUGAGCUGCAGGAGACUCGCUCAUGUGAAGGUUCAGGAUUUUGACUGGAAGAACUGUGGGCAGCCCGAUGCUCCGGCUGUACUGAAAACUCUGGCUCUGUCUCCAGACCCCAUCACCAUCCCAGGAGACCUGACGGCGUCGGCCUCGGGGACCACAGACGUUGAACUCGCCGCUCCACUUCCAGUGACCUUGACUGUGGAGAAGGAGGUGGCCGGUUUCUGGGUGAAGAUUCCCUGUGUGGAGGAGUUUGGCAGCUGCCACUACCAGGACGCGUGCGCUAUUCUGAGCCAGCUGAUCCCGCCCGGUCAGGACUGUCCCGAACCGCUGCACACCUACGGACUGCCGUGCCACUGCCCCUUCAAAGCUGGCUCGUACUCUCUCCCUCAGUCUGACUUCUACGUUCCAGACAUGGACCUGCCGUACUGGCUGACCAACGGAGACUACCGCAUCCAGGGUGUCCUGGGCAACGGCAGCGGCAAAGAGCUGGGCUGCCUCAAACUGGCUCUCUCGAUUCACUCCAACUGAACUGAACGACAACAACACACAGACAGUCUGGAAGUGUAAAGUUGUUGUUUUUUUAGUUUUAUUUGUUUAAAAACGUUGUCAAAGGUGUAGAGACGCAUAAACCUCACAGUUUAUGGUCACAUGAGAAAAACGAGAUGAGGCAACACAGUAUUUCAGUGUAGAUUUGGAGGGUUUUUAAACUCUUUAUGUGAUAUUUCCUCUUUGUUUAUGUACAUUUGAGUCAUAAAAGCAUUUUCCUUUCAACGGCAACUGCGUUGGUGACAAAAGAUUUUAACUCUUUGAAACUCUUUGAAAAUUUCACACUUUUUAACGUGUUUUUUUCUGACGGCAGCGUCACAUGAGAUGCCACCGUAUGGCCAGUAGAGGGCGAGCUUUUCACGUCUCCAAACAAACUCCACUGUGCCUUUUCUGCUGCCACAGUACAUUCUGCUCUGUUUUGCCAGUGCAUUUAAAUAUAUAUAUCAUUAUUGUUAUAAUUGUUGUUGUGUUUGUGUGUGGUCAGCGAUCGCACGUGUCAAAGACUUUUGAUUUAAUGUUUUUAAUCAUUUAAUCGUCAUGUGCCUUUGCUUUUUAAAGUUCUUCAUCAUUUCUUAAUAAUUAUGAGUUGAAACUAAAUCAAUAUAAAUGAACACACAGACGCAUCUGUCAGUUUUGAUAUUUAUUUUAAGACCAUUUCAAGUUUGUUUUUGUUUGAUCGACUGUUUAAAUCAUUCCUGUGGUUUACUGUCAAUUUUUCAAUAAACGUUUUCCACAUUAA